AAAAAUACAAUCCCAAAUUUGUAUUGUGUCUGUAUAUUAUUAUCUUAACACAAGUAGUUAGUAAACAAGCUAAUCGUCGAACGAGUUUUUUCCAACCCUAACAUCGAACCGCUUUCGGAGCAGUUUGACUCAUUUAUAGCUCUACCUCCCAUAUAUUCUUAACACAAAGCUUGAAUGUCUGUAAUGAAUACUUCACACUAUCUUACUAAAUGAAAAUUUAAUUCUCUCGAUGUGUAAAAAUACUAUUCAUUUUCAUGAGUAUUAUUUUGGCUUACAAAAAGCCGACUAAUUGAGUAACUAAUUUUUUCAAAAAAUACAAUACUAAAUUCGUAUUGUGUCUGUAUAUCAUUAUCUUAUUUGCUCUCGUUGAGAGUCGAACUCAAGACCUCCCGCUUACUAAACGGGUGCUCUAACCAACUGAGCUACAAGAGCUAGACAUUACAAAAAUAUUUUAUUAAGUAUUUAACAAUCACUUUACUUAAUCACAAUUAAACCCAUACAUUAUACUAUCAUAAGUUUAAUUUAUCUCUACAACAGAAAAAUUUAAAUUCAAGGAGAAAAUAAUGCAAUGAACAACAUACCACAGCCUGUAUCUCAAACUCUACAGAACAACACUUGUGCUUUGUUCUGCUUCGAUCCCAUUAUACAAAUACCUAAACAGAUAUUAUUCUCUCAAAAGUCUUCUCAAUCUUCAGCUCCUUGUUUUCUACUUCAUAUUUUAUGAUGAAAUUGGGGAUGGGGCUUAACUUAAUUACAAUAAUACAUUAUCCCCAAAAGAUGGAAAAUUACACAGCAUUCAACAUAACCAGCAAACUGGCAACUAAUUAAUUCUUAUCUUAACACAUUUUCUUGUCAGAGAUUUGAGAUACAAGAUCUAUCCCCAUGACCAUCCUUCCCUCCCCUCCCACUACUACUUGUAAAUUACUUAUUUUAUUCCUAUGAUCAAGAUCAAAACCCCCUUUGAUCUCUAAUCUUCUAGCUAGCUACUACUUAAUUAACCAAAGAUCAAUCUCUGGAACAAAAUAUAAUAUUCCCUUAAACCACAGAAUCAAUGAAAGUAAUUUCAUUGGAACUACUAUGAUUCUGACAGGUACUAUAGAGUUGUACUUAUCACAUAUCCACAUUAGUAAGCGGUAUAAGAUUUAGAAUUGAACAUCUUUCACUAACUCGAGUUUAUUGUGACCAAUUUGUUCAUGAGAUAAGUAUUAGAGCCUUCAAUGAUCGAGAGAUUUGAGUUUGAAUUUCAAUAACUUGAGUUGUCGCUUUCGUUUUGAGGGGACAGAGCGUGUUGAUAAAUGGUAUAAGAUUCAUAACUGAACCUCUCCAACGCAACAAUUCGAGCUAUUGGUAUCAACGGAUUCUUUACAGCACUACUCACUCUAAGUACUUCAAUGUUCUUAAGUGCAAGAUGACAAACAAACAAACUAAUGGAUGUUUAUAACCUCUUUCUAAACACCAUCCUCUCUUUUUAAUAUAGUAAACAUAUAUUUGGAUUUCCAGCUAUAUAUGAAGAAUAUAUGGUAUGCAAGAUGUCUCCAAAUCCUAGACCAGUUGUUACAGUACUUCCAAGUUCCAACUCAGUGUGCUAUGGCCGAAUAUAAAUAUCAGUAUACAUAUAAGUGCGAGUUAGCUUGUUGAGAAAAACCAAACGAAAGAGAAUAAAAAGAUGAUGAUGAUGAAGUACUUGAAGAAGCUCGAGGGAAGCUGUGUUAUGAAACAAUGUUUCAAAGCUGCAACCAGCUGCUGCUGCUGCUGUUGGAGUUGGAAACCAAAGAAGAAGGAGAAUGUGGUCGUGGUUCCAAGAGGGCACUUGGUGGUUUACGUGGGUGAAGAAUGGAAAAGAUAUGUGAUCAGGGUAGCUUUGAUCAACCAUCCCCUCUUCAGGAAACUGCUUGACCAGCUGCUGCUUGAUGAUGAAGCAGAUCAUGAUUUCCAGACCAGGAGGCUUCACAUUCCCUGCUGUGACACCCUUUUCAUCGACAUUCUCGACUGCGCGAAACAUGAUUAUGAUUACUGCUGCCGACGACCCUCCUUCUGUUGUUGGAGCUCUUGCUUUUGAUUUUUCCUUCCCAUCCACCUCUGUUUUUUGUUCUGUUUUUUCACUGCUCCCCCUGCAGCAGCUCUUUCUGUACACAGGAUUUAACUAAGUUCACCUUGUUUCUGGAAUAUAUAAAUUCUGAAAUAUUGCUAUGAAUGGCACAUGAUGACUAAUGGAAUAUAGCAUGGUCUCUCGACAGUAGAGAAUUCAGUGAUCUGAGUUCUAAAAUUGGAACGAUACAGAGGAUUCAGUGAUCGAGUUCUAACGAAUUCUUCUCAGAAACUCAUAUUUCUCCCUCGAUUUACAUGCAGUAGUUAUUGUAGUUUCUGCAUUUAGAUAGUAGCACAUGAUUGGACUUCACUAAGGCAUAAAACAUCUUUGACCAAAGCAAUCUACUCUUUCCUAAGAGUUGAGACCAACCCCUCACCAUGGGGUUCGAAGUUCCAACCCACAGCCACAAGGUUAAGAGCCUUAAGCACAACUGACCGAGCUAGACUGGCUUGUUUGAUGGCUUUCUUAGGAGUUCAUCUUAGCAGUCGAGUUCUUGAAAAGAUAGCAGCAAAAUAACUUCUGAACUGCAAU